AUGGGAGCAAACAAGGACAACUUCCAACCGCUCCCGGGCCCGACCUCCCUUCAGCCGCGAGGCUGCCUCGCAUCUCGAUUGCCGCCCAAAGCUGCUGGAUUCGAAGUCGUCCCGGAUGCAGACGGUUUCAAGCUGUGGAGGCCCGAUGUGUCCUGUCUUCGAACGUUUCCGAUACGUUGCGCCUGUGUUGAUGAGGAUCUGGUAGCUGUGGCCAGAGGGCAGCUCUUGCGGCAGGGAGCGGUGGUUCCGCACAGCAGACGUGUGGCGAAUUCUUCUGUUGGACGCUCGGGCUGUUCCGCGCGCUCAUAUCACGCACCGCCCAAUCUCUUCACCUGUCUCAUUGCAGUGCUCACAAUCUUGGGCCUUGGCAGGCUAAAACGGUACGAUGGAGUGGCGGAAUCGAAUUGGACCGGGUAUUUCUGGCCUCGACGGAUCGCAUCUUCUGAGAGCAGAGCUCGCUGUUCAUGGACAUGGCAAAUAUUGCAUACCAUAGGGAUCGAUGUGUGGCAUAAGGGGAACAACAAGAGAACUGCCGAGAACGCCAGAAGAAUAGGAGAAAAACUGCAAAUCGAUAGUACAGCAUGGAAGACAGCAAAGCGAUAUUACAGCAUGCAAGACAGCAAAGCGAUAGUACAGCAUGGACGACAGCGAUGCAAUGGAGAAGAUAGGGUCUUGAGGGUGUCAUUCGGAACGCGCCAGAAAUGGAACGGGGACAUGCUCACACUAGACAUUGCGCACGGGCUUUGGAUUGGGGGCUUGAGUCAUCCGAAUCUUGAGAAACCACGAGCAGGCCUGCGCCUGCUGGUUACCGGGCCCAUCUCUGCACUUGGCGAGGACCAGGAGCGCGGUGAUCAAGAUCGCCAGCAGGACUGCGGGCGGUCAGCAACAGGCGCCCGUGCUGAGCAGUCAGGAUGGGCGACACGAACACAAUCCGAAAAGAAUUCCGAUGAAAGUGUGCAGGGACAGCCCGCCAAUGUCAUCGUCACCGUCGAGCAGGGUUGGCACUUGGGACGCGGAGGUGGGCUGCAUAGGCGGGCUCAGCUCAGCCGGCACAGUAAAUGACAUGGAGAUGGCGUACCGACGCCUGCGCGACUGUUUCUGCGAACGCGCUCAGGCUGCGUGUUGCGCUCUCUGUCUGGCUCGGGUACGAGACUGCAAGGGCGGCCAUGUUUAGAAGGGUGCUGAGGGUCAGAAAUACAGAUAGUCUCGAAGACAUGAUGACAAAACGUGCAGGGAGGAAGAUAUAGGGAAAUUGGGCUGGGCAUGGCGAAUGCUUAUAUGCACUAAGUGCCAAGUACUCGGGCAUACAUGCUAUCCUUGGGCGCUUGUCGAGAUUGAGUCACUGACGAAUCGACCCCAGAUUAAAGAGCUAUAAGGACCACAAGCUGUUGAAAGUCUGCACCAGAAAUGAAAAAGAAUUGCUGUAGACCACGCGAUCUGCACCGGGCAAGAUAUUCUGGUCGAAAUCGGCGAGGAAGGAGUAGGACAGGACCUCUAGAUGGUGGGGCCAAGUGUUGAUCUCGUUGAAGCGGACAGCUCACAGGUCGGUUCGGUGCUCAAGAACCUGAUUGCGCAUGUCCUGAGUACAUCGAGUGCGAUGUCUACUUCGGGAAGACCCAUUUCCGCACACCGUAUGAUCCGAUCAUGGAUCCGCUCGUACCUCCACCACCCACCGGGGACCCCUUUGCUCCACUGCCACAGAAGAGCCGCAACGUGCAUACUUGCCGCAAUGUCGGUACCGCCUUUAAUGAAUCUCCAUCCGGUGGCCGCAUGAGCCUCGAGAGUCUCCGAGACCACAGCGCAAACUCUCAUCAUCGGUCGCUGGAUCUUACGCGCAUCCUCGAAGGCCCACAGCCAGCUCCCGACCACACUCAGUUCAUACGGCACCUCGUAUGAAUUCGGAAAGAGGACUCUCGACAACCACGCUCCUCAACGUGCGACACCCCUCGAAGCGCGACUGGCUGACUUGCGUCUUGUCCUUAUCGCCGCACCUGGCCGACAACAGGCAUUCUCCGCACUUAUGACAGGGCUCUCCAUCCAAUAUAGACGCUCGUCUCUGACCAGGCCUUCGGUCUGAAGAGCGACUGUGGGCGUGGUCUGGCGCAUCGAUUGGCAUGCAGGAUCGCGCGGCAUCACAUGGGCGAUGCUGUUGCUGCUGGGAGGGCAGGGAUGCGACCACGGCCAACCUGGCUUUUGUUGCGCGCCAGCGUUGCUCGACACAUAAAUUAUUGAAAAAGCAUGGGCCCGGCUCGACGUAGCUUGGUUGUCAGUGCCGAGCAGCCUGUAUCAUUCCGCCGUUGGAUGUGCAGGGCAAUGCGAGAUGAUGGCCGGAGGGUAUCGGUGCGCGCGUUCGCCUGCUGGAUCGUGCGCGGGGACUGGCAGCACAAGGGGUUCGACGUGCUUGGGACGUGGGUUCGCACCGAAUGCCAUACACGCGGCGGUGACCGACACAAACAAGACUGGGCUGGGGGUAUCCGUCAUCAGCAGGGUGGGAAGGAGGACCGGACGCACGAAGCGCUGCUGCCAUCCGGAGUGCCGUUUCUCUCGACAGGCCGUCGGACGUGCUGGACGUUGCCGCUGCGUUGGGGCUUGGGGUCGCGGAUGGUCGACUUGUAGGAAGCGCGACGUCCAGGAUCGCCGUCUGCAGUGUCUCGUUGAAUGCCGCAAGCGAUGAACUGCCGACUGUGGCCGUGGAGUAGGCAGCGUCGAUUGUUACAAUGCUCGAGAUCGAUGUCGUAGGAGCAGCGAGGACCGAAAGGGUGGCCCAAUGCAAAGCAGAUGCAAGCAUCAUCCAAAAGUUAGGGAUAAAAAGAGCCACCGUCAUGAUCUCGCUCUGAAUACGCGUGUAAGCAGAGACAGGUAGUCCGGGGAGAUUUCAGACACUGAUUGGUGGUGGGUCGAUCGUAUUUGAAGUGCUCUAGACUACACAGCCUUCACCUCUUUCCAAAGAAAUGAAAGCUUG